AAUCCUAGCUUCUCCCCUAAUCCUAACCCCUCCCCCACAACUAAUCCUAACUCCUCCCCUAAUCCUAACCCCUCCCCUAAUCCUAACCCCUCCCCUAAUCUUAACCCCUCCCCUAAUCCGAACUCCUCCGCUAAUCUUAACCCCUCCCCUAAUCCGAACUCCUCCCCCACAACUAAUCCUAACCCCUUCCCUAAUCCUAACUCCUCCCCUUAUCCUAACUCCUCCCCCACAACUAAUCCUAAACCUACCAAUACUAGGGAGGUAAUAAUUGUGUGUGUGUGUGUGUGUGUUGCAGCGGGUGCAGUGGCGGCGGCUCCGCUGGUUCUGGGGGCGGUGGGCUUCACCGGUGCCGGGAUCGCCGUGGGCUCGUACGCCGCCUCGAUGAUGAGCGCGGCCGCAGUGGCGAACGGAGGAGGAGUCGCUGCCGGGUCAAUGGUUGCAGUCCUUCAAGCCGCUGGUGCCGCCGGGAUCCCAGUUGUGGCUCAGGCGGCUGUGGGCACGACAGGGGCCGCUGUGGGGACAGUUCUGGCCAUCCUCAUCUGAGCCGAAUCACUGAAACAUUCUGUUCAAUAUACAAAUAAAAUACUCUUAAUUAUCGCACA